GGUUGGGGCCUGAAUUCUGAAGUGAUUUUUUGGCAUUAUUGAUUCCUGGUGAGAUGUACUUUGUAGAGAGAAGAGAGAUAAAAGAGAGAGAGAGACAGAGAGAGUGGUGAGUUGGUGUUUACUGUAGCUGAGAGGAAAGCCGUCCGUUCUCAGUCGAUAGUUGAUGGUGCUAUCUACAUAGACUCACUCGUGCACAUCUUGGCUUAAACGAGCUGAAAAAAAAAGGACGAGAUUCCCGUGGCCUUCAUGUCUGUCUGUCCGUCCCCCCUUGUCCGAAACGCCUCGUGCUUAUUAUUCUUCCUCUGCAGUAGAUUAGCUUCUUACUGGACUAGUACUCUGCUUUUCUGUGAUAGUACUCGUACGUACAUUAGCGAGAGGGAUAUGCAAUGCACGUACAACAAACAAGUUCCUAGUCGUACCGCUCGCUUUUUUUUCUUUCUUGUUACUCCUCUUUUUGCUGUUCCCAUUCCUUUCAGCUCAUCAAACCACGGGAUCCACCACGGCGAAUAAGACGCGGCUGCCAUCCUGGGGCUGAAGUCGACUAGCAGUUUUUUAAGCAU